CCAUGGUGAUUUGACUUCACUCCCUGAACUCGGAGGAAUUCAUAAUUGAGAAGACUACCCUAAGUUCCUGAGUCAGAAUUUCGAAUUGAGGGGGUGUUUUCUUUGGCUUUUCCUGGUUGGAGGUCAGGAAUUCCAAAUUACAACCUCUACUCAAAUGCAGCAUAUGCUACACUAUAUGGCCAAAAGUUUGUUGACGCCUGACCAUCACACCCAUAUGUGGGUCUUCUCCAUGAAGACAUGGUGUGUGAAGGUUGGAGUGGAAGAACUCGAGUGUCCUGCACAGAGCCCUGACCUCAACCCCACUGAACACCUUUGGGAUGAACUGGAACACCGACUGAACCCCAGACCUCCUCACCAACAUCAGUACCUGACCUCACUAAUGCUCUUGUAGCUGAAUGAACACAAAUCCCCACAGCCACGCUCCAACAUCUAGUGGAAAGCUUCCCAGAAGAGUGGAGCUUAUUAUAACCGAAAAUGAGGACUAAAUCUGGAAUGGGAUGUUCAACAAACACAUAUGAUUGUGAUGGUCAGGUGUCCACAAACUUUUGGCUAUAUGGUCUACAUUCGACUAAAGGUCGUAACUCGAUAACUCGUAACUCGUAAUUUUCGAUGAAAACGCUCCUCAACUCAAGCAAGUGACGUCAAAGCAACAUGGCUGCUCAUAGCAUGAUCAGUAAACAAAGUAGCACCUUUUACUUUUACCUUUACCUUUUGACUUAGGUCGAAAAUGACGUCAUUCUCACAUCCCCUUUCUGAGGUAAGCCAAAAGCUACUCGAAACAGUUACUCGAAAAGAAAAUCGGUGAUAUCGUCCACCCUAACCUGAGGUUUCAUAGUGUUUUGAGUACGCGGUUUCUUCGAAAGUCACUCACUUCCGGUUUUGGCGGAAGUUGUGCUUGGGAAACACGCCGCCACAGAGACUUGUGUCAGUAUGAAAAAUAAAUCUGUUCGAGUUUAACGUGACGUUUUUGACGAUUGUGAUGGCUCGUGACUCGAGAAAAAGCUGAGAUGGAAAAAAGUGUUAAGCCAUACCUACCAGAGUGCUAAAAAAAAAAUGGAUGGCAAAUUCCCAUCGUGGACUGACAAUGGCGAGCAUAGCCAUGGAGUAGCAGAUGCAACACCAUGGGGAUGUCAAGCAUUGGAUAAUACUAAUGAUAUUUCCUCUCAGUGUGGAAAAGUCAUCACUGAGGGGAAUUAUGGGGAAAGAUGGGAUGGAGACUUCCCUAAAGCUUGUCCACAAUCGCUACAGUGCAAGGUGUCCAUGAAAGAAGGACCAGUUGCAAGGAUGCAAGGAAUCCUGCCUGAAGUUGCAUCAUCAUCAUCAUCAACGUACACACAUAAUGCCUCAAUAGCUUUUUCUGCAGAUUGCCAGGAAAUUCCAUCUGGAAUAACACCCGAAAUAAAGUAUUCCAAUUGUCCAGUCUACCAGCAUCCCAGCACAGAAAACCUGAGAGCCGUUCCAGAGGAUUAUAUAGAAAGAAUAGAAUCAAUGACAAGCAGCACUUCUGUGAAUGACCAGUUAGCUGCUGCGCAACAAAAGGUCUUGAAAAGAUUCAACCCUUCCAUCUGGACGGCUGUGAUCAAAGAGGCUUUAGAGAUGCGUAAUGGGAUGGAAUUGGAGCGGAAUCUGUUAGCAGACAUGUCUGGAACCCCACUGAUUUAUGAUCCUCCAACCGAGUCAAGAGCAGUGGAAUUUGUAAAGAACCAUUUUGAUCCUGUAGAUAAUGAGUCAAAUGUCCAGGAAAGCAGAGAAGUGACUAAAGCACAAGAGCCAACUGAUGUUAUUUUAUCAGAUGACACUAAGAGGUCUCCCUUUAAGCCAAAUCAAGAUUUCCAACAGAGGACAGUUACUGAAUACAUGGAUCCCCCAAAUGAUGAGUCGUCACCGAAUGGCAAGGUACUCGGUGAGACCAGUUGCAGGAUACUUAAGCGGUGCUCAUCAGUGGGAUUUUAUGAUGCCACUGAGGUUUGCUCUCUAGCGCAGAGUAAAACUACAGAGGAGAAAGAGGUUUCAUAUUUUACCAAAAGACCCUGUUUGUCAGAUGAGUUAGGUCCAGGCAGAUCUAACAUGCACGAGCAGUCCACAAAUUUAAAAGAACACAUGUCCUGUGGGAAUGAAGAGGGUGUAUCAGUGUUGAGACAAGCUCUUCAACAUAGUUCUCACAGAAUAUCCAAAGAAUGUGCACAGUCUUGUAAAAAUGUCAGCAAUUGGAAAUGUAUGGAUAGCCAAACUAAGAGCUGUACAGACAAUAAUGCAACUCUCCACAGACAUUUAAGCAUACCUAGUCAUCAUUUGAAGUUUGACACUAUUUCUGCUGAGCCAAGUCUUGUAUAUUCAUCUACCUCUGACCGUAAACAAGAUAACCUUGUACAUAACCUUCAAAAAGGGAAUCCUCCAACUCCAACACUCAGCUCUAUGGAGCAUUUUCAAAAGCCAAUGGAAGUUUCAAGGACUUGGAUAGAGGGUGAAGAGUCUAAUCUACCAUCUAAAAAAGAGGAAUCCACCAAUAACAAAUCAAAUGCUAAGUGCACACCAAGAGAACCAGACGUACUAACCAUUGCUGCUCACAGUUCUUGGAAAGUGUUGAGAAAAAAAGAAGAUGGAAGGGCACAUAUGUUGGAUGACACACCUACCUGUAGUCAAAGUCAUUCUUCAUGUGAGCUCUUAUCAUCAGAUACAAACAAUACCUCACUGUUGAUUAACACUGGCAAGGAGACAGAUAAUGGCCAAGUAAUUACUCAGAAUAUUAUGAAUGUUGGAGAGGUCAGUGAUGAUACUACUGCUCGUUAUAAUUCUCAGGGGCAAUCACAGUCUUUGACUGUUAGCUCAAACCCUGAGACAGGAGUGAACAGUGUUUUCAGCUUAGAGAACACAAGUAAAGAGAGAAAGUCUGAAGUAAACAUUGGGAGUCCACAAACACCCACUGAUUUCCUCGAGAAAGAAACAGCCCAAGUAGAACCCUACAAAGACCAUUCCACUCACUUCGCAGCACAUGAAUGUAAAAUCGAUCCCGAUUCUAAGUCUUCCUGUGUUAACCUCAGUAGCGUCAGUACUCCUGUUACAAUGAAAAAAAGGGUAGGGCGCUCCUUUAAAAAGAGAAAGCUACUGAAAAUGGCCAAAGUGUUUUCAACAAUUCAGGAACCUUCCAAAAACGUAACUGCUCAUUCUGGGAAAUUUUCUAGAGAUUUGAAAAAGUUAAAAACAAAGGCAGAAAAAAUGCACUCCCCACCCACAUACAGAAGAAAAUCACGCUGUACUGCCAUCACUAUACAUAAAGAAAAAAAACUUUUACGAAACAGUCAUGUAGAAAUAAAAGAGGAUAGACAUCCAGGUUUAGUUACUGACUGUGGACAGAAUCGGUGUGUGAAGUCAAGUAAAUUGUCCAGAUAUCACAUUGGCCAGGUAUUCAAGGUGUCUUCAGGUCCACAACCAAAUAAUUUUCAGAAGGGGUCAAGCACAACCAACAGAUUACUGGAUUGUUUUGAAGACCCAUUAGAGACUGAAAUACACAAUGUGAACCAUGACAGCAUGUAUCAAAUCAAUGUAAAGGAUUUCCAUUCAAAUACUAGUAAUACACUACUGAAAACGCCUUCUGAGUCACAAAACAAAGAUGCAAACUUGACAGAAAGCAGAAAACAAACGUGGAAUAAAAGGAACAAAGAGAAAGCUCACAGCACUGAGCUAAAUGGUGAUGCAGCUUUUGAGUUGUCUCUGCAGUCCACUAUUAAUAGUACAGGAUUCCAUUCCUGCAUUACCAAUGCAUUUUACAAAAAGGUAAAGGACGAAAGGUCAAGAAAUCUCUUAAUGGGUGUAAGUGUGAGGACAUCUGAUCAACAUCUGGGGGAAUUAUCUGAACAGGAUGUUGGUGAUGAUAAUGCUCUAUGUGAAUCAAAUGCAAUUUCACUUAAACAUUCUCCAAUUCAGAAAGUAGACAGAUUUACACAGUAUUGUGAUGAGGACUACAUGAUCACACUAAAUAAGGACGCAUGUACAGUAGCUGAUGCUGUUAAGAGUACAAAAGUAGCAAAGAAAUAUAUCAAUUGUAAGUACUGUCGUCGAUCCUUCCGCCAUAUCUCUGCAUAUACCGUUCAUCAGCGUAUUCAUACAGGUGAAAAACCUUACAGGUGCGAUCACUGUGGCAAGAACUUUGCUCAGCUGUCCAAACUCAAAUCCCAUAGAAAUGUCCAUGUCCAGUCUUUGCCAUGCCCAUGCUGCAGAAAAAAAUUCUCAGAAAAAAGGGAUUUGAUAGCUCAUUUUAUGACCCACAUGAAGGACACCAAGCAAAAUAAUGAGCCAGGUCAACAAGACAGCAAACCCGAUGCCCCAUUUAAGGAUGCUACACGUAGAAAGAGUGUAAUUAGCAACAUUUAUAACAACAAAUUUCCUAAGGGAUAUAUGCGGGAAUUUCGUAAACAUGACCAGGUUAAGUUUAUGUCCUGUAAGACCUGUGGAAAAGAAUUUUGGACAUCUUCACAGCUAGCAGUCCAUGAGAAGACCCACUGGCCAGUUAAACCUUAUGCUUGCUCCAUUUGCGCCAAAAGUUUUAAUCAGGUCAAGGCUCUGAAAAAGCAUUCUCAAAAACACACAGGGGAGAUGCCUUUCUCCUGUUUUCAUUGUGGUUGUGCAUUCUGUGAUCUUCCUGCACUGCGGGUGCAUCAAAUAUCCAAACAAUGCAAUCAUAAGCGUAGCUUAAUUGGAGAGAAUUGUGAUAUCGAGGGCUUUCUAGUCACUCAUGGAGUUGAUGGUCAAGUAAAUACACCAAUGUUCUUCAAGUGCCAAAUAUGCAAACAACUCUAUCAGAAGUGGUGUCAAUAUACUCUACACCUUCAAACCCACACAAAGUAUCCGCCCUAUCUUUGCUUUGCUUGUGGGCAGAGCUAUGGAAAGGAUUCUGAAGUCAGUGUUCAUUGUAGGGUAUGUUGUCAGACAAGUGGGGAGGAGGUGGCUUGUGGUUCCUCACUUUCUGAAAUCCUGCAUAGUAACUCCAGAAAAUGCACUUACUUGAAGGAUAGGUCAACAGCUGACAUGGAUUCUGUAGAGGCUUCCAAAAGCAGUUCUCUGUCAAGUGCUAGCCAGUUUCAGAAUUCCCCAACUUGGAGUAAUCUGCAGACAGAACAACUUAUGCCUGAGUCCUCUAAGUUUGUAAAGGCUUCACAUUUGCCUGAAACUGUGCAUCUUUCUAAUGACGAUCAGUUACCCCCAUCACCCACAGCUUCUGUGAUGACACGUGCUUCCUUGAACGAGCCUCUGGAAUCUGUUGAAAUAUCACCAAGUCUCUGGAGAUUUAAGUGCCCACGCUGUGGUCAGAGGUACAAGCGAUACAGGACUUUGUGCCUUCACAUGCAGAUACAUGCCCCUGCUUUUAGGUAUGUUUGUGGACGUUGUGGUCACUCCUUUGAAAGGUGGAACAAACUCUGGUUGCACCAGCGGAUUCAUCAUCGGAAAGGCCAUUGCUAUACUUGUUCACAGUGCAACCUCCAAUUUUACUUCUUUAGCUCAUAUAAAAUGCACCUGCUGAACCAUGCUGAGGAAAGACCCUACGCUUGUCCCCUUUGCCCUCAAACCUUUUCCCAUGAAGAAGGCUUGCAUGUUCAUCAGUGCAAUUUUCACCAACCAGAAAGAAAAUUACAGUGCAGUGUUUGUGCCAGGAGCUUUAGUAAUUUGACAAACUUGGUUAAGCACAGUCUCCUUCACAAUGGUGCCAUUUCUCACCAGUGCCUUCCAUGCAAUCUCUCCUUUGCAAAUAACAAAAGCCUACAGGAACAUUUAAAUACUCAUAAUAAUUCUGCCAGCCUCCUCCCGUCCAUCCCAUCUGAGCCCUUAACAUUUCUACACAAAUGCAAUAGAUGUAAGAGCAGCUUCUCAACCGGGGAUCUACUCUAUGCUCAUCAGAUAUGCCAUACUGGAGAUUUAAAGAGUCAAGUGCAUUCUACCCAAAGCAGUGAAUCUACCUCAGUUGGCCUCGGAAGCACACGGUCUUCUACUAGCAGAUCUCUGCUAUCAACCCUUGACCUUGAUGCCAUUCCAAAGGAGAGCCUUUUUAAAUACCCCCACCCAGAUAAGCUCUACGUGCAACCUCGUCUUUCAAGAAUGUCAAAAAGUAUCCCAAUCAUUAAUCUAGAUUUGGGUGAUGAGGAACUCCCACGGGAAGCCAGCACUGACCAUGUUUGUCCAAACAGUAGAACUGGACCUUCUGGACCAAAAAUUCUUGAGGGUUCUCAAGAAUAUUCUGUAACUGAUAUGACGCACCAACCUCAGGCUUUGGAAAGCCAAGAAUCUGUUCAGUCUCAGAAUACUGAAGCAAUUCCAUCGCUUUACACGGACACAGUAACUGAUAACCACCAGGACAAAGCUGGUCACGAUGCUGAAAUGAGUGUAAUCUUGGAGGGACCAACCACCACUGUGAAAGCUGCUGAAAAUGAAAUACAGGACGAGAUAUUUGAAUGUGCAGACUGCUCUGAAAAGUUAGGCAGUCUUAUAGGAUUAUACGAACAUUAUUUUCUACAUGCAUUAGGGAAUACAGGCCAUUACAGAUUUCUCUGAAAGAGGAUAACUCUUUCAAGUCAUACAUCAACUUUAAUGAAGAAUUGGAACAAGCAGCCUGGACAGUCUUGCAAAAAAAGGUUUCAUUUUUUUUUUUUAAAUAGUUGCAGUAUUAUGAAAAAUGGAAAGAAUGUGAAUGUUAACAGUAUGUUACACAGGUGCUCCACACACCAAGAAAGUCAUGUAAUAUCAUUGCAAAAGGCUAUUUUAUUUUUUACUCAUCAGACACAGAACAGUUACAAAUACAGGAAAAGUGUUUCCCCUUGCUGCUUCUGUGCCUUAUUUUCAUAAGGUCAGUUUUAACACCCUGAAUUUGUGCCUUCUCAUAAUGUGGUAACCUUUAUUGUUGGCAUUUAUGGCAAUGCAAGUCAUGAAGUGAUCAGAUUGUUUACAAACUGGUGUACAUCUUGUCAUCCUGUCAUGCCAGAACUGUUAUGCUCUACAGUGAUAUGUAGACCUGCACUGGAAAUCUUAUUAGAAAAAAAAAAUGCUACCUUGUAUUUGAUAGCUUUUUUUUUUUUUGAAUGCAUUAUGUGGUUGAAUACUGUAUCAGUAAAAAAAAAAAAAAAAAAAAAAAGACCAUGUCUGUUUAAAGAUAAAUGAAUGGAAGCUAACUGGUUCAUUUAUGGUGCAUACAUUUCAUCAUUUCAUGAGCAUUUUGUUGAAAAACUUUUAAAGUAGAGCCUUUUACACUGAGCCUUUAAAAAAUCUUUAAUAAAACUACUUAAACUAAGCACUGUGUGGCUGUGUUAAAUCAACAGGAAAGAAAAACAGCAAUAG